UAGCAGACUCCCGGAAAAAUAGGCUCUUGUUUUAUUGCGAAAAAUAAAACAAGGGUUUAAGAAUCCAGAAAGACAGAACAAAAGAGUUUUACAUAAACGCUCUCAAUCGUCGAAACUCAACUCCACUUUAACUUCUGAUAAUUGUAUUUGGAAGAGUGUUAGCAACUAGAUAGUAUGAAAAUUGUGCAGCUAAAGGAUGGUUUGGCUACUUUGAACAAGGGGGUUACCAAGCUUAAGAAAAUCCUCGAAGGGUUUCCAGAACCGUCGUUUACCACAGAGGAAUACAUUAAUACCUACACGGCGGUCUAUAACCUGUGUUCCCAGCAUUAUCCUUAUAAUUAUUCUCAAGAUGUCUAUGACAAAUACCUGGAUAUUUUCAAAGAUUACAUUGACUUAUGGGUGUUACCGUCUUUGAACCAACGGCAUGAUGAGUUUAUGCUGAGAGAGCUUGAAAAGAGAUGGUUGAACCACAAAAUAAUGAUGAGGUGGCUUUCAAGAUUCUUCGAAUACCUCGAUCGCUACUUCGUUACUCAGAAUUCACUUUCUUCAUUGAAUAAAGCUGGACUUAUUUGCUUUCGUGACAUGGUUUAUGAAGAGGUGAAGUUUAAAGCCAGAGACGCUGUCAUCACACUUAUUAAUAAAGAACGAGAGGGUGAACAGAUUGAUAGAGCUUUAUUAAAGAACAUCAUAGAUGUCAUCAUUCGAGUUGGAAUGGGAAAGAAUGAAUCCUAUGAAAAAGAUUUUGAAGCAUUCAUGCUUGAUAAUUCUUCUUCAUAUUAUUCUCGAAAGGCAUCAAACUGGAUUGCCGAGGAUUCAUGUCCAGAUUACAUGCUCAAGGCAGAGGAAUGCUUAAAAAAGGAGAAGGAAAGAGUAUCUCAUUAUCUGCAUUCAAGUACUGAAGUAAAACUUUUAGAGAAAGUGCAAAAUGAACUGUUGGCGGCCCAUCACAGCCAAUUACUUGAAAAAGAGCACUCUGGAUGCCGAGUUUUACUUGAAGAUGGCAAGGUCGAAGAUCUUUCUCGAAUGUUCAGACUUUUCUCCAAAAUUCCCCAGGGACUGGAACCAGUGGCCGAUAUAUUUAAAAAACAUAUUAUGUGUGAAGGUACAGCUCUCAUCCAACAGGCAGAAGAUAUUGCAGCAGCAUCUAAAGCAAAAAAUCUUGGUGGUCCAGAACAGGCUUUUGUCCAAAAAGUUAUCGAGUUGCAUGACAAGUACAUGAAAUAUGUCAAUGACUGUUUCACGAACCACACUCUCUUUCACAAGGCCUUGAAAGUGGGUUUUGAGGUCGUCUGUAAUAAAAAUGUAUCUGGCUCUCCAAGUGCAGAACUACUGGCUUCAUUUUGUAAUAAUAUACUCACCAAGGGUGUAAGCAAUUUGACUGAUGAAGCUUAUGAAGAAACAGUAGAUAAGGCUGUCAAGCUACUCUCGUAUAUUAGUGAAAAAGAUCUCUUUGCUGAGUUUUGCAGGAAAAAGCUUUCUCGACGUUUGCUUUUUGACAAAAGUGCUGGCGACGACCAUGAAAGACUUAUACUGACAAAGCUGAAACAACAAUGUGGUGCACAAUUUACAUCGAAGAUGGAGGGGAUGGUGACAGAUAUGACCUUAGCCAAAGAAAAACAGAAUGAAUUUGUGGAAUAUCUUAAAGUUAGUGGAGUUGUCCAUCCAGGGAUUGAUUUGAAUGUUACGGUUCUUACUACUGGAUUCUGGCCAACUUACAAGUCCUCCGAUCUCAAUCUUCCACCCGAGAUGGUCAAGUGUGUCGAGGUUUUCAAAACCUUCUAUGAAACUAAUACAAAAAAGAGAAAGCUUACAUGGAAUUACUCACUAGGAAACUGUAUUAUAACCGGAAGAUUUGAUAGAAAGACUAUUGAGCUUAAUGUGCUCACAUUUCAGGCUGCAGCUUUGUUACUGUUUAAUACUGCAGACAAACUGAGCUAUUUAGAAGUCCAGGCACAAUUACAUUUAUCUGAUGAUGAUCUGGUUAGAGUACUGCACUCACUCUCAUGUGCCAAGUAUAAAAUUCUGAAAAAGACUCCGAGCUCAGACACUGUGUCCUCAACAGAUUAUUUUGAAUUUAAUUCAAAGUUCACCGAUAAGAUGAGGAAAAUCAGGAUCCCUCUUCCCCCAGUAGAUGAAAGAAGGAAAACAGUUGAAGAUGUUGACAAAGACAGACGUUAUGCUGUUGAUGCCUCACUUGUUCGUAUCAUGAAGAGUCGAAAAGUCCUAGGCCAUCAGCAGCUGGUGACGGAGUGUGUUGAGCAAAUGAGCCGCAUGUUCAAGCCUGAUUUCAAGCUAAUUAAGAGGCGCAUUGAAGAUUUGAUAGCCAGGGAUUAUCUGGAAAGGGACAAGGAGAACCCGAAUAUGUUUAAGUACGUAGCUUGAUAUAAAUGCCGCUAUCAAAUGAGACUGAAUCCAUUUUGUUAGCCAUGCAAAGACAUCUUUAUUUUCUUUUUAAAGUUCCUCCAGAAACCUAAGAUAUAAACCAAA